GAGAACCUUUCUUAUGACGUGGAUUUGGAGGCUCCUGAACCGCAGUCUACCGGGUGUCUUCAACCAAGGCAGUCGCGUGAUAUCGCGUCGCGAAUGCACGAAAUUGGCAUUCCGAUAAAAAGGCGCAAAACGUUUUUUCCAACGAGAAUCGUGCUUAUAGACUACUCAAAGUCUUCAGCUAUAACAAUUGUCACGAGCUCGUUAUUGGACGAGCAACCCGACAGUGUGUGCAUGCUGAAUUCGGCGCGGUCGCCUUUCCGUGAUUCGUCCAAGAUUGUUCCGAGAGUCCUUAUGGUAUCCGGAAGACAAGGUGGCUAUCUUCCGACUGAGUUCCAAGGGCUGAAGGGCUGGCGACGUCGCUGGAUUCAUUCGGCAAUUACUUAUAUUUAGAGAAAUCAUGAUUAGCAGGAACGAUGCUAUCCUGCGGGGAAUUCAUGCAGAAUGUGAGAACGACUGCAGACAUGAUAACAAUAACGAUCAAAACGAUCGUUCCGCGAGCGUUGCAAGUGUCAGAAAGGAAGAUCCGUACGCUGCAAAGAGGAAUCAGAAUGAGAACAAUCGCUGUCAUUCAUCCCGCAGAGCUCCUUUGGUCGGCUGGCGAAAUGGAAGUCCUACAAUUUGUUCGAGUUUCCUCCAGCAAAGUGUCGAUUUGACUGACGAUGAGGCCAGUUCGCCCACGAAAAGUUGUAAUAUGCGUAAAAUCAGUCUGAAUUCGACGGAGAGACCCGCGAUCAACGCGAUACGAGAGCCGGUCGAAACGAUUGAGUCGAUGGAGUGCAGGAGCGAUGCUUCAAAUAAGAUUCAGGAGAUACCUGCAGUUCACGAGGGAUACACCACCAAGUCGGUAGCCGCCGAUACACAAGGUACAAGGACGAAUCGGUGUGUCGAGGAUUCCAUCGAUUCCUUAAGCAUCUUGGAGCGAGAGGAUUCAUCAAGUUUUAUCGCGAGAGAGGCAAAAGGCAAAAAACCGAAAGUGCCUGACGGCGGUUGGGGCUGGGUGGUUGUUUUAGCCUCUCUGAUCAUUUCCAUGGUGGCCGACGGUGUCUCUUUCAGCUUCGGCCUGCUUUACAUCGAGUUUCUUCACGAAUUUGGCGCCUCAAAAUCCAAGACUGCCUGGAUCGGCUCACUCUUCAUGGCCGUGCCUCUCUUAUCCGGACCGAUCAUGUCCGCCCUUGUCGAUCGUUACGGAUGCAGGAACAUGACCAUCAUCGGCGGUCUGAUAUCAGGGCUAGGCUUCAUCCUGAGUAUCUUCAGCAAUACCAUCGAGAUAAUGUAUAUAACUUUCGGCGUAAUCGCGGGUCUCGGUCUGGGUUUGUGUUACGUCACCGCGGUUGUGAGUAUCGCCUUUUGGUUCGACAAGAAACGAACCCUGGCCGUAGGUCUCGGGGCGUGUGGCACCGGUAUCGGUACAUUUGUCUACGCUCCGAUGACAACGUAUUUCAUCAAGGAAUACGGCUGGCGAGGCGCUUGUCUGCUCUUAGCCGGCACUUUCUUCAAUAUGAUCGUCGCGGGUACUGUUAUGAGAGAUCCAGAAUGGUGGAUUAUGGAACAACGCAAACAGGAUCAAGCUUUGUCGAAGAAAUCGUACGGCCGUUCCGCCGAUGCGAGUUCGUUGGACGAGUUUCCAGGCGUCGAGGAGCUCAAGAAGCUCUUCAGAAGUGACCACGCGCCGGAAUAUUUUUUACAAAACCUAAGCACGAGCACUAAAGCGGUCGAUGGCGUUAAGAGGCAGACAACGAGUGUAGUUAAUCUACCAACUUUUGUAAAGCGAAGCGAAAAGGUGCCUUUGGAAGUAUUGGAGUUGUUCCUAUCCAAUUCUAGGCUGUACACUGUCAUUCUGGAGAAUUAUCCAAGCUUAUUGUUGUGUAGAAGUUUGUCCGAUAAACAGCUGCAAGACUCAACGGGAGAGAUUUGUAAUAAAAGCGGCGUCACUAUGUCAAUGAGGCUUAAACGAGCAACGGAAUCGAAACCAAUCACCGAGCAAAAAAAAGAUUCAACCUCUGUUCACGUCCCGACAAAACUCGUUUGCGACAGAAAAAUGUCUAGGAAGCAGAUGGAGGAAACUAAUCCCUUGCUAGCGAAACAAGUCUCGCAUACGGUCGCACCGAUUGGAAAAAGGAAAUCUAUAUCUAGACGCUGUAUCGAGCCACAGGCCAAUGUCAUCAGGACGGACUCCUUACCUUGGCUCAGACGACAGUUUAGCACCAACACCCAUUAUUUCAAGGAUAUCAGAGUGCACAGAAAUUCCGUUAUGUAUCGCGGUGCUGCUCUAAAUCUGCAUAAAUAUAGAUUGAGAGCGAGCAGCUGUCCGGACAUCUAUAGAAAUAGUAUGACCACGUUAGCUAAAGAGAACGAGCAGAAAUGGUACGCCGAAUUGGUAGACUUAUUAAAGAGCAUGUUGGAUUUCUCUAUGUUUCUCGAAUUGCAUUUCCUAUUGAUGUCAUUGUCGACGAUAUUGCUAUUCACAUGGUUCAUUAUACCGUACUUUUACCUGGCGGAACAUCUGACUAGAAACGGUUACGCCGAAUCCGAUGCCGCCAAUCUCCUCAGUAUCAUUGGUAUAACCAAUACCAUCGGAAUGGUUGUUCUAGGCUGGGCUGGUGAUCAACCCUGGAUGAAUGUCAGCAAGACGUAUACUUGGUGCCUGAUAGCCUGUGGAGCGGCCACUAUAUUGAUGUCCGUGUUUACUCACCAUUACGUGUAUCUCUCAAUAAGCUCGGCAGCUUUUGGUCUUUUCUUUGCUAGUAAUUUUAGUUUCACCCCCGUUAUAUUAGUUGAAUUGAUUCCUUUAGAAAGAUUCACUACCGCUUAUGGUCUUAGCUUAUUGUGCCAAGGAAUCGGGAAUCUUUUGGGACCUCCGUUAGCUGGAUGGUUUUUCGAUGUGACUGGUUCUUGGGACCUUUCUUUUCUUAUGGCUGGUGGUUGGAUCAUUGUCUCUGGAAUCUUGGUGGGUAUUGUACCGUAUACGAGAAAUCGUAAGAUUUUUGGUAGUGGACCAAUUGAGAUGGAACGAACGAACGGCGAUGAUUUUUCAGCAUAGAGAACAAAAUAUUUAUUGCAUUUAUAAAUUGCGCACUGGCGUCAGAUAGAAUAAAAUUAUAAUAAAUGUUCAAAACAAAGUUUUAAUCGAAUAUGUCAAUCGAAAUUAAGAAUCUCAUCGUCUUUCAUGUUGAGUGAACAAUGUACAAUUACAACUACAUCUUAUUAAUUGUAAACGAGCAAUUUUAAAUUGUCUGUAGCGACAGUUUAUUCAUUCGUACUUUUUCCUCGUACUUAACUAUCAUGUUAUUAAUAAAUUUUACUUACACCCAAUACUAUUAAUAAUUACACGUUGUCGUUAAAAAUUUUAAAAUAUAUUAAAUUGUAUAACAUUCGUGUAUACAUGAUUUACGCGUGCACAUAUUUACAAAUUUAUUUCUACUUAAAUAGCGUUUUGUAUAAUCGCAAAUGGCGAUAGAUUUAAUUUUAAGUAAUUAAAUUUCUUAAAAAUGAUAGCAACAAAUAGAAAAAUUUGCCAAAGCAAAAAGAUUGGAUUUCUUGAUGCAAAACAAGGGCCAAUCAAGAAUAUAUUUUAUAACAAAAAGUACCUUGUAAGUACUGAAAGAGAUUCGGGUGAGGUAGAAAAAUAUACACACGUCCAUUUAAUUAAAUUUGAAGUGCUUACGUACGUACAAUGUUUGCAUAGUCAAAACAUACACACACAC